AUGGAUCCAUCGACCAGAAUUAUCUUCAUUAAUGUUUCACUUGUCACGAACCCUCAUUCGUUUGUGAGAAUUACCUUCAACUUCAAUAUCAUCACAUUUUUCAGCAUGGGCAAGAAGCGCGUUCUCAUCAGUUAUGGUGUUGACGUUGACGCUGUUGCCGGAUGGCUGGGCUCGUAUGGCGGCGAGGACUCAAGCAACGAUAUCAGCAGGGGCCUUUUCGCCGGCACCGUUGGUGUACGGCGAGUUCUCAAGUUCUUUGAGAAAUACAACAUCAAAUCAACCUGGUUCAUCCCAGGUCACAGUUUGGAGACCUUUCCCGAGGAGAUGGCCCUUGUCCGCGAUGCAGGCCAUGAGAUUGGCCUUCACGGAUACUCACAUGAGAACCCAACAGACAUGAGCUUGGAGCAGCAGCGCGAUGUUUUGGAUAAGACAUACAAGAUGCUGACUGAGUUCUGCGGCAAGCCCCCACGUGGCAGCGUUGCCCCCUGGUGGGAAACCAGCAUGGAGGGGGCGCAGCUACUCCUCGAUUAUGGUAUUGAGUACGACCACAGCAUGUCUCACCACGACUGUCAGGCGUAUUAUCUACCCACAGGAGAAUCCUGGACCAAGAUUGACUACAAAAAGAAGGCGGCUGACUGGAUGCAUCCGCUCAAGAAGGGCAUUGACACUGGUCUUGUAGAGAUACCAUCCAACUGGUAUCUUGACGACCUGCCACCCAUGAUGUUUAUCAAAUCAGCUCCUAACAGCCACGGUUUUGUGAAUGCUCGGGAUGUUGAGGACAUUUGGCGAGAUCAUUUCGACUACUUUUAUCGGGAAUAUGACGAGUUCAUCUUUCCCAUGACGAUCCACCCAGAUGUGUCGGGGCGACCGCAUGUAUUGCUGAUGCAUGAAAGAUUGAUUGAGCAUUUUAUGAAGCACGAGGGUGUUGAAUUUGUUACUAUGGCGGAGAUUGCGGAUGACUUCAAGGCGAAAAACAAACCUGCGCCGGGAGCCAUUAUGCCAGCUGCCGCCGGAUCUAUUUUGAAGAAUUAG